AUGUCGUACAACAUCUGGGCAGAUAUGGCUAAGAUAGUCAUCACAAUGUCCAUAGUCAUCGUGGUCACUGCUCUCCUCGUCCGCCGGCGGCAGCCAUUGGAGGGGCCAAAGCCUAAAAGGCUGACCUUUCGUGUCGAUAACAUCCCAAUCGAUGACACUAAAAAAUUAGAACAAAAUAUAAAGGCCUUUGCCGAGCAGGACCCAGACUUGCGGAGCGCUGUUACUACCAUAAUUUGUCACCGUUUGACACCAAGGGACAAGUGCUUCGUCUGCGCCACAGUUUCUAUUACCACUUCACUGUCUGGAGAGGUCCUUUGCGCCCGUCUAGACCGAAUUAGCAAGGGUUACCAAUAUAUAUUUACAUGCAGAUUUGAUGGAAUCACACCACUCUACGAGGACGAGAGCGGAGCAGAUGUCGACAUCAUUGCUAUCCCAGGCCUAGGAAGCCACGCUCUUGGUUCUUGGAAAUCUACAGACAGCGAUGAAGUUUGGCUACGCGACUUCCUGCCAAAGGACCUGCCUAAUAUCCGAGUACUACUGUACGGUUAUGAUACAACAUUAUCAGGUAGCUUAUCGAAGCAGUCUAUCGAAGACCUCGGUGGUGCCUUACUAGAACUUAUUACUGCCUUUCGAGCGAAUGAUGGUACUUCUAAACGUCCGAUCGUCUUUAUUGGCCACAGUCUCGGCGGCUUACUGAUCAAAGAGCUACUUAUUCGUGCCCGUCGAAGAAAAAGUACCGCGAACUCAGACCUGUCUCAAGCAUGUUUUGGACUGCUUUUCUUCGGCGUGCCGAAUCUGGGCCUUCGAAAUGAACAGCUGAGGACGCUUGUCCAGGGCCAGCCAAAUAAGGCAUUAAUUGACAACCUGCUCGUGGACAAUGACUCAGAGCCUUCAACCUUCUUGAAGAGGCUUGCUGACCAGUUUUCUGAGAGUUGUAAGGACUAUUACCAUGUAGUCACGUUCUUCGAGCGCACCCUUAGUCCAACCUUGGAGCUUGCUCAAGAUGGAAAGUGGAGCAAAACUGGCCGCCCAUAUUUACUAGUCACUGAAAAGUCAGCCACAAGCACAGGCUUAGUGGCAGUGAUAGACGAGGACAACAUUCCCCUUAACACAGAUCACUCAGGCCUUGUGAAGUAUAGCUCCCGGAGCCAAGGUGAUUAUUUCAUUGUGAGGGAACGAAUCAGAAGAAUUGUUAGUGAGGCGAAGGCUGAAGUCGCCAAACGUUUCUCUAAGUAUUCCAUAAAACUCUGCUACACUGGACUCGUCAACAUCGAGGGUUACUCUGGAUAA